UCUUGCCCCAAUCGGCACCAUCUGGAGCCCCAAAAACUGGUUUAUUCCAUCUUUAUCAAUUUUCCCUUACUAGACUAUUUUUGCUUUGAUGACUUCAACAACGUUAUCUCUUGACGGUCGUUUACCUGGACAUGCUGGUGCGCUGACAGGCGAAGAAACACACGCUUUAAAAAAUUUAUGGCUUCGUUUGUACGACCUUUUCAAGCAACCAGGAACCAAAGACGAACCUAAAAAGACUGAGAACGCAACUAAGCCAGCCGCAUCUUCGUCCUAUGGCUUUUUUGGUUUUGGCGCGAAAAAGGAAGAACCGAAACCGCAAGAAGUUUUCUUGGGCACCACUACCAACACGGAUUACCUAAGUCUCCCACUGGACCAAGCUAUCGGGUUGAUUCCUGGAGCAAAGUUGGAAGCCUGUUUCUGGAAUCUGGUGGCCACCGAUAAUCCCGAUGCUACUCUUUUGCGCUUCUUGCGUGCUCGUAAAUGGGAUGCUGAUGCUGCCUAUCGUAUGCUCAUGAACUGUCUCCGUUGGCGAAUCGUAAACCGUGUGGAUGACAUUGUUGCCUUGGGUGAGACAGGUUUGGCCGACGAGUUGGAGCGUUUGAACCCUGGCACAGGUGAAUCUUUCUUGGAACAACUGCAUUCGCGCAAAGCUACUCUUGGUGGUCCCGAUAAUCACGCACGAGGUGUAUGUUUUGUUAAUGUCGCACGCCAUCACAAGGAAGAACAGAGCUUGGAGGUGAUGAAGUUGCUCACAAUGUAUAUAUUGGAGACUUCCCGUUUGUUCGGUGGUCAUCCGAGUGACACUGUUUGCAUAUGUUUUAACCUCGAAAAUUUCACCAUGGCCAAUAUGGAUUUCGAUUUCAUCAAGUUCCUUGUUACGUGUUUGGAAGCUUACUACCCCGAAACGCUUGGUUUAUGCAUUGUCCACAAGGCGCCAUGGGUGUUUUCAACGGUGUGGACGAUGAUUACGCCCUUGCUCGAUCCUGUCGUUGCCUCCAAGAUCCGUUUCACCAAAACCUUGGACCAGUUGACGGAGUUUAUCGCUGUGGAUAAUUUGCCCAAGGCUAUUUCUGGCAAGGAAGACAAUGCCAAUAUGGAUGAAAAGAUUCAGUUGGACGAACGACCCGCUCCUGGCCCAUUAAAUCGUCCUGAAACGCCGGCAAUUGAAGAGUACAAGCAUGCAAUUGAAAAGUUCAAGACAGUCACUCAACAAUGGGCUCAAAAUACGUCAGAUGACGAUGAUCAAGGAACGUUGGCCCGUCUGUCGCUCGCAUGCAGUUAUCGUGCAGCUCGCAUCAAAGCCGAGCCGGACCUUCGAGGACCCACCAUGUAUCAUGUCAAAAAGAUGGUAACGAUUAGCGACCAAGGCCGUUUGCUAAUCAAUCUAUGUGGAAAGCAAGAAGAUACCACCGAGAGAGUUUAAACCAAAUACUUAUGAUGAUAGCAUUUUUGUACAUAUGGUUACCAUUUUUUUUUUCUUUAUUCGCUUCCAGAAUACAACAGAGCACUUUUUUUCCAAUUGGAUAAAACGUCCCUCUUGAGAAUAAUUAUGACCCGCAAAGCUUUUUAAUACAAACUUCCAUCCAACCCUAUACUCG